AUUGUCGAACGCCAAGAUAUUUUUUAUUCGCAAAUUCUCUUCCGUGAACUAAUACAUCAAUAAACUGUGAAAUGCCUCAAAAUAUUCUUCAUUUAUAACAUUCCACAAUUGCACACCACGCAAGUGCAGUGAUAUGCUUUUACACUCUUCAUAAAUAGUUUGAAUAAAGCAACUUAGAAAAUCUCACGAUGGACCAAGACGAUGAAAUAAAAUCUGGUUGUUUAUUAUUUCCACCAGCCGGAGGUAACAUGUUCAGCAAAUUUCCUAAAAAGAAAAAUUGGCAGCAAAAAUACUGUAUACUCUUUAAUGCUAGUAUACAAGGUAUUGAAAGACUUGAGAUAUAUGAUAACAAAGAUGAUGUUACUUCUGGGGCUAUCCCAAAGGUUAUAACACUCGAAAAUUGUAUAAAAAUUACACAUUCUAGUCCCAACAUGAUUACUAUUCUGGCUAAGUCACACACUCAACAAAUAAGCGCUCAGUCAGAGGCUGAAACUUUGGAAUGGGUGACAGCUCUGCAAUCUGUAGCAUUCAGAGCAAGAGACUCUAGUCCCAUAAGUUGUGAUGAGGACAAUGAUCUAUACUGUUCAUCUGGAGAAGGUGUUUUCUCUGUGAAAAUGUGCCCAUCCGAUGCGUCAAACAGAUGUGGGUUUGAGCCCAUAAGAUACCUCUUACUGUUAACUGCCACAGCCAUUGAACUGAGAGAUGUCAAUGACAACAAAUUAUAUGCUACCUGGCCAUACAGAUACAUAAGACGUUAUGGUUACAGACAGGGUAAGUUUACUUUUGAGGCUGGCAGAAAGUGUGAUACAGGUGAGGGAAUCUUCCACCUUGAGCAUCCAAACCAGUCUGAAAUAUUUAAAUGUUUGUCAUUAAAAAUGAAAACAAUGAAACAAAUGAUUGGAAAUGAUAAUCUGAACAGUCCAGAACAUGCUGAGUUUAAUAUACAUCCUAAUACUAACUUGUUUCCUGGAUCCAGGAGUCCACUGGUAGCAACUAAGCCCGAUGAUUUGAACUUAAGCUCACUGUCCUUCAAAACUGCUUCAGUGUCGAGCCAUCAGACCACAAGUACAGAGAGGGACAAUGUACCACUCCUAAUGCCUAAGCCUGCACUGAAGCCCAAACCACAGAAGCCUCCUCGCAAAAUCAUUAACCUUCACAAACCUAUAGUCAAAGAUCUUCCUAGCUCAACAGAUGAAAGUGUUGAAUUUGGCAGAUACAAAAAGCUUGACAACUAUGAACCAAUCGAGCAAAUCAAACGAGACCACAGUCCCCCUUCAGUGCCAUAUGACAAAGUUGAAGUGAGGAGUGAAGCUUGGAAGACGUUGGGUAUUGAUGAUCCUGACCACAUUGAGUACACUCCCAAUUUAAGUGACAACCCUAACUGUAUGAAACUAAUAUCAAGGUCACAAGACAAUUUAAACAUAACAGGACCCGAAGGUUCAAGAAUCAUCCUUUUACCUAGUCCUGUAGUUGAUCCAGAGGAUGAGAACUAUGACAGGCUGCAAUAUUUUGGCUCUACCAGCAAAUUAAAUAAAUCCUCAAAGUAUAAGAAAGUUGAAGCUCGUCCAAACACAUUAGCUCUGGGGGAACCUAAAAAUAAAGACACAUGGAACGAUUAUGAUGAAGUUGAGAAUGUUAUGCAAACUGCAAGGUUGGCGGAUGACUCUCAUUUAGGUUACGGCAUGAUAAGGAAGCCCAACACACCUGGUCCACAGGUGCCCACCGCUGCUCAAGCUCAGGCACUUCAAAACCAAGUUAGUUUAGACGAUGUUACCCAUAACACUUGUAAUGGUACAGAUUAUGCAAUUGUGAGCCGUCCAAAAAGAGUCUAAUAUAAUUUUAUAAAAAAAAUUUCUUCAUGAGAUUAGAUUUUCAAAGACUGAAUGAUUUUCUAAAACUGCCAACAAAUUCACCUUUAAUAAAACUUACAAUUUUUGUUAAAACCUCAUCAAUUAUGUCAUUCACAAAUAAAUGUUUUUGAUCUUUUCGUCAUAAAUGGAAAAAAUAUUUUUUUUAACAGAAUUAUUUAAGGAUGAUUUCUAUAUUCUAAUUUUUAAAGCACAAAAUAGGUUAUGAUAACUCGAAAUAAGAUUUAAUAAACGCACAAAAAUAAAUACCUUCCAAAAUGUGAAAAAAAAUUCAUUCUGCAAAAAUUUAGCAAAAUUUACAUAUAAUUGCUGCUUAGUUUAGAUACCAAUUUUAUUUGGUCUUGAAAUGACUAAUAUUUUAUAUUAUAAAAUGAGUUGCAGCAAUCUCAGAUACAUUCCAUAUCUCAGUAUUGCAUCUAAAUCUCAAUAUAUUAUUAUGUGUAAAGUACUAUUUUUAUAUAAUUUUAUUGUGCUGAUACUAUUUUUAUAUAAUUGUUAAAAAAAUUUAGAACUAAAGUAUUAAUGAAAUCUUAAAUAUGAGACUGUCUUAGCAUUCCCAUUUUGAUAUUAUUAAAUUUGUAUAUGUUUGAGAUCUGUGUGAUAUAAGUAGUAUUAAAAUGUAUUUUAUACAGUUUAUAUAUUAUAGAGAUUAUUAAUUUCAUUGAUAUCUAAUUUACAUGUGAUUGUACUGUGCCUUAUAUUUACUAGUGUCACUGUAUUUUAAUGAGUCGUAAGAUCAGAAUUAGAAAGGACUUUCGCCUAUCUGUUUAAUAAAUUGUAUUGAGAACAGGUUGAAAAAUUCCUGGCCACAGUAUUAUUAACAGUCUAUACUAAUAUUAUAAAGCUGAAGAGUUUGUUUGUUUGCUUGCUUGAACGCGCUAAUCUCAGGAACUAUAACUGGUCCAAUUUGAAAAAUUCGUUGAUUUUUAGGUAAAGUUGGUGUUUGUUAUACCAUACCUACAAAAUUUGAAAAAUUCGUUGAGUUUUAGGUAAAGUUGGUGUUUGUUAUACCAUACCUACAAAAUUCAAUUUAAAACAAACAGAUAGGUGAAGGGUAUUUCUUAUUUGGAACUACUAUGAUGUUUAGGAGCUAUAGUCAUAAUGAAUUGAACUUCCAGAUAUUCCUAAUAACAGUUAAUAAUUUUGAAACUAUACAUAUUCUAUAUUACCUGGCAUCUCAAUACAUACAAAUGUUAUACUUUUGUGUUUAUGAAUAAACAUUGAACACAAGUUAUCAGUUACCAAAUGUCACAUUUUUCACAUCUAUUAUUCAAAAUAAAAUAAAUAAAUCCAAAAAUUGUUCUUACUCGACUAAAUUACUAAAGUAGUCUGAACUAAACACAACAGAACAUCAAGCAUUCAUUGUUUUUAAAUUAGUUGUACUGAACAAUGAGCUGAGCCAAGUGUAGCGCCAAAUAUUGCUAAGAACAUCAUGAAAAUUCUAGAGAAUGCUCUAUUCAAUGCUCGUCAAAAGAUAUUCUUCAUGAAGAUGUCAGACUUGAUGGUUACAUGUGCUGUAGAUCUGCUCGCUAAAAAGAUUGCCAGAAUGCUAAUAUGUUUCCUUAUUUAUGUGAUUUAACAUUCACAAGAAUGCUCAUUACAAGUGAUGCUCGAGUCUAUCAGCACCUAUAAACUUCAAGCAGUUCAUGUGUUGAAGUUUCAAGGUAAAAUUAAAUUACAUACCUUCUUAUAUAUAUGUUAAGAGUUUCUUUUGUAUUAAUUUAGUUACUUAUUCUAUGAAUGUUUACCAUAUGGUGCCAACUUAAGUACAAUUAUUAUAAUACAAUAAAUAAUUAUUAAUUAUUUAUACAGCACUACGUUGUGCCUUUUUUAUUGUAUUCAAUAAAUAAUAUGUACUCUCAUACUCUAUGUAAGUACUUUGUGCUCAUAUUUUUGUUUUAUUUUGUAGAGGAGCCAUAUAUUAAAAUAAAUAAAAGCCAUGUAAUCUUUG